AUGAAAGGUGACGAAUUUAGAUCUUGGAUUCUGGUAUAUUCACCAAUUUUAUUAAAAGGAAGAUUAACUGGUGAACAUAUGAUUAAUUGGAUGCGAUUUGUCGAUGCAAAUCGUAUUCUUGCCUCUCCAUCUAUCACUCAUUACGAGGUUAACCAAGCCCAUAACCUUCUGGUUGAAUUUGUUAGAACAAAUGUUAUGCUUUAUGGUGAAGAUUUUAUCACACCAAAUAUGCAUUUUCAUUUGCAUAUUCAUCAAACGAUUGAAGACUUUGGACCUCUAUAUUCUACUUGGCUAUAUAGUUUCGAACGAACUAAUGGUGAUAUCAAGGCAAUUGAUAUUAACUAUAAAGAAGGUUUAGAGUUCACGUAUAUGGAAAAAUACAUCCAGCAAGUACAUAUGCAGGAUUACAUCAACAUUUUACCUAGCGUAAUUUCUUCUAAUCCUGUUAUGAUGAAUACAUUAAGACUCCUCCUUCCAAAUAAUGAACGCCAAGCAUAUGAUACGAAUGAUGGAAAUGAAGAUGAUAUGAUGGAAACAGACAAUAGUGAAAUGCAUAGUCCAACUACUUUUGAUGUUAGUGCAUUUUUGAAUAAUGCCAUUAGUGCCAGCAUAGUCUUGACCGGUAGUGAACCACUUCCACCAUCAAGCUAUCCCAUUAAAACAAAAAAAGAAGUAUUUAUGAAUAGUGAUCACUAUGAAUGUCUAUUCCAAUUUUAUUCUUCCGUUUACGGUAAUUUCAAUGUUCUUAAAAUGUCUAAUAUCUCUUCCUCUUUAUCAAGUAGUAGCAUAAUAGUUAGCAAUUUAAUCAACAAAUUUGAUCAAAUUAAUAUACUUGGACAGCAAUUUACAUCUUUAGAAUGCCGAAAUCGACGUGGUAUAUAUAUUCAAGCAAUGACUCCUGCACAAGAAGGUAUAUUUCGUAUCGGCCGAAUUCUCUAUUUUUUCACACAUGAGCUGUCAUUUCCAAAUGAUCAUAGCAUCUUCAAUACGCGCUCUACUAAAAAACACGUUUUUGCUUUUGUACAAUGGUAUCAACCCUCAUCUCAAGAAUUCACUUCAUUUUAUCCACAUCAUGUUGAAGUUUGGAAGCGAACGUUUGAACCAAUUAGCGCUUUAUCAAUUCUUCCAGUUCAACAGAUAAAUACGUGUGUUGCUGUUACUACUUAUGUUGAUAAUAACAUUCUUGCUAUCCCUCUUCCAAGAAGAAUAGUUGGUGUCUAA